AUGCUUUGUAGCUUUCAAACAACUCCCAUAAGAUUAGGAGGUUUCUCUGGGCUGCGAGGUUCUAAUGCCUUGGACAUGAUACUGAGACAAAAGGGUCAGACACUACAAUCAAAGGUUGCUGCCUUCAACUGUGGCAGGAAAGGAAGAAAAAGCCGGGUUGCACCACGAGCCAUGUUUGAGCGCUUCACAGAGAAAGCAAUAAAGGUCAUUAUGCUUGCACAGGAAGAGGCAAGACGUCUUGGCCAUAAUUUUGUUGGAACUGAGCAGAUUUUAUUGGGACUUAUUGGUGAGGGCACUGGCAUUGCUGCCAAAGUCCUCAAGUCUAUGGGAAUAAAUUUGAAAGAUGCUCGUGUAGAGGUGGAGAAAAUAAUUGGGAGAGGGAGUGGAUUUGUUGCUGUAGAGAUACCUUUUACUCCUCGUGCAAAGCGUGUUUUAGAACUCUCACUAGAGGAAGCCCGCCAGCUUGGUCACAACUACAUUGGAUCAGAACACUUGCUGCUGGGAUUACUUCGUGAGGGUGAAGGUGUGGCAGCCCGUGUCCUUGAGAAUCUGGGUGCUGACCCCAGUAACAUUCGCACACAGGUUAUUAGAAUGGUGGGUGAGAGUGCAGAGGCUGUUGGUGCUGGUGUUGGAGGAGGAAGCUCAGGCAACAAGAUGCCUACAUUGGAGGAGUAUGGUACCAAUUUAACAAAGCUAGCUGAGGAGGGUAAACUAGAUCCCGUCGUUGGAAGGCAGGCCCAAAUUGAACGUGUCACCCAAAUUUUGGGGCGGCGUACUAAAAAUAACCCUUGCCUCAUUGGAGAACCUGGUGUUGGAAAAACAGCUAUUGCAGAGGGCCUUGCUCAGAGAAUUGCCAAUGGGGAUGUUCCUGAGACAAUUGAGGGGAAAAAGGUUAUAACCCUGGAUAUGGGUCUUCUUGUUGCUGGGACGAAAUAUCGUGGUGAAUUUGAAGAAAGGUUGAAGAAGCUGAUGGAAGAAAUUAAACAGAGUGAUGAAAUUAUACUUUUCAUUGAUGAGGUGCACACAUUGAUUGGUGCAGGAGCUGCAGAGGGAGCAAUUGAUGCUGCUAACAUUUUAAAACCUGCUUUAGCAAGGGGUGAAUUACAGUGUAUUGGGGCCACUACAAUAGAUGAAUACAGAAAGCACAUUGAGAAGGAUCCAGCACUAGAAAGACGUUUCCAGCCAGUCAAGGUCCCAGAACCUACUGUGGAUGAAACCAUACAGAUUUUGAAAGGACUUCGUGAACGCUAUGAAAUCCACCACAAGUUACGUUAUACUGAUGAAGCAUUAGUUGCUGCAGCCCAGCUGUCUUACCAAUACAUAAGUGACCGCUUUCUGCCUGAUAAAGCAAUUGACUUGGUUGAUGAAGCUGGUUCCCGGGUUCGACUUCGUCAUGCACAACUUCCUGAGGAAGCCAGAGAGCUUGAGAAAGAGCUCAGGCAGAUCACAAAAGAAAAGAAUGAAGCAGUCAGAAGCCAAGACUUUGAAAAGGCUGGGGAGCUACGUGACAGAGAAAUGGAUGUUAAGGCACAGAUAUCUACUCUUAUCGACAAAAACAAAGAGAUUACCAGGGCAGAAAGUGAGGCAGGCGAUGCGGGUCCUGUUGUGACAGAAGUUGACAUUCAGCAUAUUGUCUCUUCCUGGACAGGCAUCCCUGUUGAGAAAGUGUCUACCGAUGAAUCUGAUCGACUCCUCAAGAUGGAGGAGACACUCCACACACGUGUCGUUGGACAGGAUGAAGCUGUCAAAGCCAUCAGUCGUGCUAUCCGCCGUGCCCGUGUUGGGCUCAAAAAUCCCAACCGGCCCAUUGCUAGCUUCAUCUUUUCUGGUCCAACUGGUGUAGGGAAAUCAGAACUUGCAAAGGCAUUGGCUGCCUACUACUUUGGUUCUGAAGAAGCCAUGAUCCGGCUUGAUAUGAGUGAGUUCAUGGAGAGGCAUACUGUUUCAAAGCUCAUUGGUUCACCUCCUGGAUAUGUUGGUUACACUGAAGGUGGACAGCUAACCGAGGCUGUUCGACGCCGGCCUUAUACUGUUGUACUCUUUGAUGAGAUAGAGAAGGCUCAUCCUGACGUCUUCAACAUGAUGCUUCAAAUUCUUGAAGAUGGUCGGUUGACUGACAGCAAAGGUAGAACAGUCGAUUUCAAGAACACACUGUUGAUCAUGACAUCAAAUGUCGGAAGCAGCGUAAUAGAAAAGGGGGGCCGACGUAUAGGUUUUGAUCUAGAUUAUGACGAGAAGGAUAGCAGUUAUAACAGAAUCAAGAGCUUGGUGACAGAGGAGUUGAAACAAUAUUUCAGGCCAGAAUUUUUAAAUAGAUUAGACGAGAUGAUUGUAUUCCGGCAACUCACUAAGCUGGAGGUGAAGGAAAUAGCAGAUAUUAUGCUGAAGGAAGUGUUCGAGAGACUGAAAGCCAAGGAUAUUGAACUUCAGGUGACAGAGAGGUUCAGAGAUCGUGUAGUCGAAGAAGGAUACAAUCCAAGCUAUGGGGCAAGACCACUUAGAAGAGCAAUUAUGAGACUUCUGGAGGAUAGCAUGGCCGAGAAGUUGCUUGCACACGAAAUCAAAGAAGGCGAUUCAGUUAUUGUGGAUGUUGAUUCUGAUGGCAAUGUGAUUGUUCUCAAUGGUAGCAGUGGUGCACCUCCAGAGCCAUCUCCUGAGCCGGUUGCUGUGUAG